UGAAAAUGACGACAUAAUGACGUCGUGACGUCUAAAUAUCUGUCACUGUCAAAUCAAAGUGUACUUUAGGGUAGGGAACUUAAUUGUAAAAGUUUUUCGAUUUUCCCUUUUUUCUUUUAAAAUCCGCGUUCUGAAACGAAAAGUGCUAAAUAUACAAAUAUUUAAUUAAACAUAUUAAUCAUGGAUCCUCGAGAUAAUGGAUCCCUAAUAGCUUUGGAACAUUUAAUGGAAGAGUUUUUUAAUCCACAAACGAGUAAUAGUAGAAAACAUGACAUAGAAACACAAUUGAACUACUUUAAGUCUUUGCCACAUCUGUGGAGAUAUUGCAUUUAUUUCGUUACUAACACAUCCAGCCAAUACGUAAAAAUGUUUGCCUUAUCUACAUUGGAGUCUGUGAUAAACCAACAAUGGGCUAAUACUGAGUGGUCUUCUAAAGAGGAAAUAAAAACUGUACUGCAGAAUUUUCUAGUAGAAAAUGGACAUUCUUCCCCACAUUUUUUUAGAACUAAAUAUGCUAAGUUACUAGUGGAUAUAGCAAAACAUGACUGGCCAAGUACAUACCCGAACUUUUUUAACAAUAUUUUAGAGUUAUUAAAAGCUGAACCAAGUCAAUUAGUGGGAUUGAUUUUGCUAAAAACAAGUAGCGAAGAGUUUAUGGGUAUACAAGCAACAUACGAGAGUAGUAGAAGGAAAGAAGAAGUUCUAAGACUGUUACAACAAUACAUUCCUGUAGUCUUUGAGAUGUUGACAAAUAUUUUAGACAAUCUAGGUACAAAACCCCGCCAUACUUCCACUGCCACACCCCCGCCUUCACCCGCACACCCAUCAUCGUCGCCGACUUUGUCACAGCAGCUGGUCACUGCUGCAUUUAGACCGGAUACCAAAACGUUGACUAAAGAGGCGUUAGAGACUGUGCAACAUCUUUUCACGUGGGCGCCCAUACAGAGGAUCCCGCCGCAAAUCAUACGGGCCAUAUUUAGCUUCACCACUGUUUCUUCAUAUUCACAGGACGAUGAUGACAUGUGCGUUUUAGCCAUGUCAACUGUCAACGAGCUGUUAUAUAGAAAAUGCACACCUCCAGAAACGCAAGACUUUUAUUUUCAACUGUACCAUCAAACUGUAGAUCUACUCAAAGAAAUUACUAGUUCAGCCAAUAGGAUAGACUCUUUAGAUCCCAUAUUUAUGGAAAAGUUAUCGGAGCUAUUAGUAUUAUUGAUAGAACAUCACCUUUGGAGACUGGAAUCUGAGCCUGGAUUUUCUGCCAUAGAGUUUUUAUCGCCUCUCUUUCAGUUGACCAUGCAGUUGCCGACAGUAAGAUGUUAUUUGUGUUGCUUGGCUGUUUGGGCAUCGUUCGCCAAACAGAUCAAAGUGGACAAUGCAAAAAAGUAUUCCGAUGUAUUUAUUACCUUGAUCACAGCUUUGUUGAAGAAAAUUCAGUUCACAUACAAUUCUUCACAGUUAAAUCUUAUAAAUGACAUAGAUACAGAUGAAGAUAAUGAAACCGAGUGGCAGAUUUUCCUAAAAACGACAAUAGAAAUAAUAGCCAUAAUAGCUGAAUACGCACCAGCGGAGACAUUUGGACUUGUGUUGUCUCCAUGGAAAAUAUCACACGACAUAUUCCGUAGUUUGGAACAGAACUUAGAUUAUCAAAACCCUUCGUUAAAAUUACAAAUAUCUGAAACUGAGAGACUGUGCUACGUUUUUAAGGAUUUUUCAUCACUCACACAAACACUCACUAGAUUAUCAUCAAUUUACAUCGACCAUACUAGCGAUGGUAGUCAAUCACCCAUUCCAGUCAUGAAUAGCGUUUUAGAAAAAAUGUUGGAAAGUGCCUCUUUGGCUAAUAAGGCCAAACUUUACGAACUAAUAUUAAGGGAGAGCGAUUCAAGGUUAAUCACGAGCUUUAUCGAAGUGCAUAGCCAACUUCUUUCUUCGGUCAAAACUCUUCUCACCUGGACUACUCAGAAAAACACCCUAAACAACCACACCAUAAAGAUGAUACUGGAUUUAACACUUCCUGUCCUAAGAGGAAACUACAAUACAGUACCGUCUAAAAUUCGCCACGCGGCUGCGCACCUGCUACUGUCCUUCACUGAUCUAGUCUUUGCUCCAACUCUCAUUGUGAUCCCUGCCAUGGUGCAGUUUAUACACAUCGCUCCGAAUUUGAAGUUUUCCGAUAAACAUACGAACUGCAUAGUAAAUAACGCCGUAGCUAAUCUUCUGCUUAAACCUUGGGGAGAUCUGAGACAGGAAGACGCGGUGCAGAGGAAUCUCUUCAUUGGAACGUUUUUUGAAAGUCUGACAAAAGAUUUUAGGGAGUUGACGUUGGACACACGAGAAGAUCGAAUGCAAAACGUCGUCGAAUCAGUACUACCCUCUUUAUCUGUGAUAGUCGAAAGCUGCAGACAUUUCCCCAUAGCUUCUAAGAAACUUCUCACCGCCUCCAUAAAACCGACAAUACAACACGGGCUGUUCCUGUUCCCAUCUCUAGUCAGGUAUAAGGAAGUCAGCAAUCAUGUACUUACGUUCUUUCUAAACGUAAUGGGGGUACUGCAACAACAAUUGGGGGUCGAUGAGACCAAAAACGCUGUGCAGGUCUUCAUGCAAGUUACAAUGAACGAACGGCAGCCGAGCUCCCUUUGCGGCUUAGAUAAGUUGUUACAAAUUUUGCAACUAGUCGUAGAAUCACCAGGAAACGGUUACAAAACGUUUCUACCCGGCAUUCUUCAAUUGUGCAUGGAAAAUAUUUAUCCUUUGAUAGUUUCGCAAGGUGGUAACUCUCCUGACGUUUUUGUAGCGUUACUUACAUUGUUGUACAGUAUAUUACUUCACCGUUGGCAGUAUUUCUAUGUUUCACAAGUGAGAUUAGGGUAUUCCCCUGGCUGUAGUGACUCCGAUCCGGGCGUCGAACAUCCCCAAAAGCCAGAACAACUCCUCGCCGUACUGCAGGUGUUCGGACAAGCUCUUCUACAACAAGAUAUGAAUAUAUUUAGGAUAAGUCUAGCGGCACUCGAAGAUCUCAACACCAAGUGGAAGUUAUAUCACAAAAUACUGUUCAGGUAUCACCUGCUCUCCGAAUUUUUGACUGUUCUGUUUAACUGCCUGUUGGACAAAUCUCAGUCAUCACUAUCUGACGACGUACAAAUGGCGGUGUACAACAUGGCGGCUGUGAAUUUCACCGGAUUCUAUACGACAUUCCUUAGGAAAUUUGUGGAAAAUUUGGAAGGUGUUUCCCAUCAACAGCAAGAAGUAUUACUGAGGAAUUUUCAACAUAAUCACGAUACAGAUAUGCCCACAUUUGUACAUAACUUACAGAGCUUUGUAAACGAAGCCCGGCAUUACAGAAUGUGCAAUAUCGGUACCUCUUUGCGUAAUUGUUAAACCACAUUCGAAGAACAUUAGAUAAGGAUUUUGUUUGAACGACUUACAGAAUACUCUCUCUUUAGAAGUAUUUAUUUGAUAUUUUACAUCAUGAAUGCCAUUAUAUUUAUUUCGAGUACUUGUGAUAUUAAGUUAGUGAUUUUAAUGUUGUUAAAGAACUACUUUGUAUAGUUAUCAGUUUUUUCACUUGUUUUUUAUGGAAAAUAUGAACCAAUUCGUUUUAUGGUGUUGCUAAGACUCUAGCUUAGAUGUUUCUACCGAGAUGCCUUUUCAAACCUUAUUAUAUUCGGGAAAGCUUUUAAGUGUUAUUUAAAUGAAACUUCUAACAUCUUCUUUUUCGUUUAUAUAGGCAGUACUGCCUGUUUUUCUUCAACGGUGUCUUUUAUUCUGUCCCUAAAUUGAUUCCAUCGUUUUUCCUUGGGCGUCCUAUAGUUCUUUUGCCUAACGGUGACUUAUCCCUGGCUAUUCUUACUAUCCUUCUUCUUUUAGAUAAAAUAUUAUGAAAAAAAAAUCCCACGAGGAAAAAAUUCCUGUAGUUGGCUGUAUACCAUUCACUACAAAAAACCAUAAAAUCCUUUAUAAAAGGUAUAUUUGUUAAUCUCCCGAUACAGGGCUACAUCAAGAACAUAACUAGUUUUUAAUCGGUUGACCGAUCAUCAUCAGUGUUUCUUGAAUCAAACAUGCUAACCACCAAAGUAAAAAAUAUUUGGAUAACUUGCUACCAUACAGCCAUGAUGUGAACAAGUCAAAUUCGUGCUCAAUGGUACUUAGAGCAGGAAACAUUGAAUAUUUUAAACAUCCUUGUUUAAAUUCACAUCAUUUUUCUAUGUUCCGAUGACGGAUUAUUUGCAAAGGGUUUUUACCCAUAUAUUUUUUACUUUGGUGGUUAGCAUGUUGGAUUCUGAGCAAACACUGAUGAUGAUCGGUCAACCGAUUGAAAACUAGUUAUGUUCUUGAUGUAGCCCUGUAUACGCUGUGAGCUCGUACGUAGAGGGGAUAUUUACAAAUUCCCGAGCGCCAGUAGUGACAAGUUUGUAAACGUUUACCGGACAUUUGACAUAAAUGUCAAAGUGAUUAAUUUAAAAAUAAAAUUAAAAACAUUAAUUAUAAAAAAUAUUAGUUGAUCAAAGCUGUGGUAUAUAUUUUUACCUUAAAUAUACUUACGUUUAAAAUACUGAAUUUAAGUUUUUUUAAUGUUCCGUAAUAUGUAUUUUCAAUUAAUCUUAGCGCCAUCUACACGAUAAUUGUGAAAGUAUCCGAAGUAAGAAAUUCAUAUUUUAUCAAUAGAACGUCAAAAUGAUUAGCAAAAUCUUAAAAAAAUCGAUUACAAUUUAAUUAUUUUUUUGCGUUGUAAAUAUUAAGCGAUAACAAUUAAAUAAUAAAUUUAAAAAUUACCGGUGAAAGUUGAAUUAGUAACCGCUCGGAGCGACACCAGCGAAGCUCAGAGCGUACAGGGAUUUUAACAAAUAUACCUUUUAUAAAGGAUUUUAAAAUAUUAAGCUUUUACAAGUAAGAACGAGUCUUGGCAACUAUCAUACAACUUUUUAGUUUUAGUUAGUUUAUAACGAUCAGAUGGACACGAGGUCAUGAAGGCUGAACCAGAAGGAUCAGGACGAUAUUAUCCUUGGAUGGAAUAAGGAAUGACCGAAGAUGGAAAGGUCCAAUCGUUUACAUUGACGAAACAAAGGCCACGUUGCUCAGUCGGAAGAGAUGUGGGCAUGGUUCUUUGUGUUGGGCUUCUGUUACAAUGAAAGGUGUUAAAUGAAUAAACAAUGGUAUGCGAAUAGAGCUAAUGAAACGAAGAUAGACAAAAGGUAAAUAGAUAACAUUAACUGAUGGUUUGACACUUGGACUCUAAGAAAACGAAAAUACUUAAUACUCAAACGAAAAUAUAGGGCGCCAGGUAUUUUGACCAAAAAAUACUCAAAGGAACAAUAAUUAACGAAACAUAACACAACAAUAACAAAUUAGCAAGAAUGCUACGACAAAACAACAUUGUUCUUAGUCUUGAGCUGUAAAUAAUAAAUAAAAAACGACAUCGUACACUUUAACAAAACAUUUAUUAAAAUACUCAAUGAAAUCUCUUAAUGCUCACAUAAUAUAUGCAAAUAAAACGUAAAAACGUCAACCACAAAAACAAAAAUUACACAAUAAUUAUUUAAAAAUGGUUAACAAAUUGCAUAUACGUUGGUGUAUUCACCAACACCGCAAAACUAACAAAAUACGAGAUGUACCUAUAAUGUAAGUGAACGAAUAUAACUCUUAUUAACUCAAAAAAAAUAAACUGAAGUUACUCAAAAAAAUAAAAAAUCCAUACUCUAAAUAAAAACUAGAAAUUUUACCGUUCACUUACAACAAAAAAAAGAAAGAGCUCUUUGUUUAUAUUUAUACCUAUCUAACAAUACUUAAUAACACUCUAAUAAUACUCAGAAAAAUAUCUACAUAAUGUAAAUGUUUAUAGUUUAAAUGAUCACCUAUUUAAAAAUAAAAAGAUAAUCAUCAACUUCAUACUAAAAGUAUGACCUACUUUUCAGAAUGUCACUAUCACAAACUGGGCGAAAACUUUAGGUCAUUGAACUUAUUUCACGAAAGAACACACAAUUGUCCUUGCCCUGGACAUAACAAAGGCGUCUCUACUAAUUUCUUCAAUAAGUAAAAGAUGAGUGACUUACUUAAAACAUCUGUUAGAGGGUAGGAUGGCCCUUUGUAAGCCGGCAGGCUCUCAAGGUGUGGAAGAUGGCCAUGAAGAAAUUCAACUUUACGACACACUCGAAAGAAUAAUAGUAUUUAACAGUGUUCAUAAAAUAGCAGCUGGACAACAUAAUGCAUAGGUGGAAGGUGGAAGGUGAAAGGUGGACCCUGCCUAAUCGGCGGGGCCCACAAUACACGAACAAACUUGAUCUCACAUAAUGACUAUAUUAACUCAACUCACAAAUGAUGCAGAAUUUUGAGAAUUUGUGGUUUUUAUGAACCUUUGGCGUCCUUUGUUUGUGGUGGGGUUUUAACCAAUCAAAAUUAUGGGAAACUGUGAGAGAUAUUCAAGAACAGAUUUCCUUACCACUCGUAAAAGGGCUUAGCGAACCUAAUACUUAAGAUGACUUAUGGGAUGCAAGGCCCAUAUCAUUCACCAGAAAGCUAUUAAAGUCUAACGGUCGACUCUAUCGAUAGCACAUAUGUGUUUCUAAGAAAAACAACGCCGAUAGGGACUCUAAGAUCUAAUCAGUUAAGAUAAAAGCGUGAAAUGAGGGGGGCUAGACCAAAAUCUACACUGGGAAAACUUAAACGUUAUACAGCUUCCCCCACGAUUUAAACCGUGGUGUAAUACCACUGUUUACAAUCGGAGUCUGCAGUAAGCACCAUAAACAAAAGACUGACCAUCAAGCAGUAGCCUGGAAUAGUUGGUAGUCAUCUAGAUUUACUAAAAUUGGUGGUGGUCCUCGAAUUGCUUGAACACAAGUGACCAAAUCAAAAAAAGCUAAUAAGCAACUAAACUCAAACACCAAACUAAAAGGGUUAUCUCUAAGAUAAACUAAACGCAAAUAAAACACAAAAACUAGGAACUAUAUAUACAAGGACUACUCUAAUUCUAAACGACUAAGGCAGCAAACACCUACAGUGUUGCUCUAAUCCUUAUCAUAAAACUAAACAUUCAACUCGAAAGUCGACUCAAAGUAUGGUUCGUUGACUCGCAAGUACAACGACCAAUGGCAAAUAUCUACACAAAUGGCUCUAGCCAAACUAAAAAGGUGGAACAUACCAAUGUUGAAGUUUUGGACGCGAAAAUAAGGGUUGCUCCAGCUCAACAAAGGCGAGUGGCCAACUAGGUAGGUAGGCAAACUUCGUUAUGGUUGUCCCCUCAACCGGUAACUAGGUAAUCGUCAAGCAAUGCUAAGAUUUUGACUGCAAGAUCAAAGCAAAAAAGUGUCGAAAUUGUAUGACAGGGAAAGAAAACAAGUUGGCCAAAAGUUCCGUAAAAGUCUUCUGGGGUUAACCACGGCGGAAAAUUUUCAAUCGAGAAACUCCCAGAAAAACAAGGAAUGCAAUCAGGACAAGAUAUGUCUGAAUACAUUGUAAGAUAUUAUUAUAAA